AUGUCUCGCGCGAUACUCAUUGCUCUGGCCGCCUUGUUUUACGUGUGCAAAAUGAUGGGCAUCGCACCCAUAGGAUUGAAUCGGCUUGGGCCGGAGACUUUCGCUCGUUCGAUUUCCGGAAUUUUGUACAACGUCGCUUUGUACUUCGCGCUGCUGUGGUUGAACGUCAUAACGUGCGUACGAAUGCUGGAGCGACAGGUGUAUCAGGAGAAAAUUUUAGGCCUCAUCUAUCAGACGCUGAUCUUCUUCAACACGACCAUUAUAAUUUCGAAUUUUUGCCUGAAGCAGCGACAACUGAUCGACAUACUGAACAGACUCGUCGAGAUAAAAAAUCUGACCUUCGAGCUGGAUCGCGUCGACAAGAGCAGAUGGAGGAGCUUCUUCAAAGACGUCGCGAUGGUCUUUGGCUUCAUCGUUUUCUGCCUCACCAUAUCCCUGGUUCUUCAGUCCUUCUGCACCGACGAAGACAUCGGCGAAAAUUGCGCUCCUCUCAUCGUCCUCGGCUACACCUUCAACGACUUCAUGAUCCUCUUCAUCUACGUCCAGUACAGUCUGCUGCUCAUCGUGGUUCUGCACGCCGCGAGACUCAUGAACGACAAUCUGAGCGCUCUGCCGAGACAUCUGACGCUUCGUCAAGGUGGCUCCGACUCCGAAUUCGUCGCGAUCCUUGCCAAGAUCGAGCGCUGCCGAGAGCUGUACUCGCGCUUCGUCGAUUUCGUCGACGACUUCUCCGACUUCUUCUCCUUCCCGAUGCUCUCCAUCAUAUGCUUCUUUCUCAUCAGCUACAUCUGCAGCGUUUUUUACUGCGUUCGGCCGUUGAUCAUAACUUUCGAGAACAUCGCCUCGCUCGUCGAUUACGGCGUCGAGUUCAUAGUGUUUUUCUGGCACACUUGGGUUCUGCAGACGCUCACCUCAUCCGUCUCGGCUGUCGAGCAAGAGAUUCUCAAAACCGGAGUUAUAGUUAGCGAUUUAUUGGACGUCUUUUACGAUGCAACGAUACACAAAAAAUUGAAUAAUUUUUCCGUGCAUAUAUUGAUUAAAAAGGCGGAGAUAAAGGUAUUCGACAUGUUCCACUUGAAUCAAGAUCUGAUGCUCUCGAUGCUUCAAACAAUCAGUACUUAUGUAUUCAUCAACAUACAAUUCCUAUUAAGCUCUGAUCGGCAGUAA